AUGGCUACAGCACACGAUCGAAAAAUUCUGAACCGUAUUCUCAAUCCGUUGAUGCCCGAUGAGGAUCCGACUGAAGAGAAAGUCGCUGAGGAUGAACAAAUCGAUCACCCUGAAUACGCAAAAAGUCGGCAGCUCGAAAAGGAGGCGAUUGCUCUCGCCGAAGGGGGAAAUAUUGCAAAAGCACUGGAGAAAUUCGAUGAAGCUAUUCAGGUUUGUCCGGUGAAUCCAUCAGCGUUCAACAACCGAGCUCAAGCGCAUCGCCUCAAUUCGGAAACGGAAAAAGCCAUGUCCGAUCUCGACAUGGCACUUGAGCUGAGUGAGGGAAAGGGCAAAUCGGGAUGUCAGGCUUUCGUGCAAAGAGCUCUCAUCCGACGACUAAAUGGGGAUGAUCAGGGGGCAAAGGCUGACUACGAGAAAGCGGCCGCUUUGGGUUCAUCGUUCGCGAAAAUGCAACUGGUUGCACUGAAUCCGUACGCGGCGAUGUACAACAAAAUGCUAUCGGAAGUCAUGCAAAAUCUUCGAGAAGGAAAAGAA